UUGCAGGUGAAAGUGAAACUAAAAUAUCACACUUCGUUUGUGUAGCAGCGUUGUCAGACGGCAAAAAGAAGACACAAGCAUGAUGAACAUCUCUACAAUCUGCACGCUGUGCCUGGUAGCAGCGGUCUGCUGCGGUGAAGCCUGCAGCAGCUGUCCCGUGUUGGAGUGCUGGUUUGUGCAGGAGAAGACGGGUCGAGGAGGAGGUCUCGCUGCAGCCACGACCCUGGAGAAAUCCCUUCUGCACAUCCAAACCAACCCCCACCCUGCAGAGAGCCAGCAGGCUCCACCCGACAUCCACCCCGACAGAGUUUACCUCAUCACCGACCCAGCCGGCACUCUCUGCCACCGCUCUCUCAACCCUCCCAGAGGCUCGGUGGAGAAGCCUCAGUGUGAGAUCAACCCCUUCCUGCCGCAGCCCUCCACCCUCAAGUGGGCAUCUCCACUCACAGACUCCGCCUCCAGCCCCAUCUACCUGCAGGCCGAUUGGUUCUCCACUGCCCUCCAGGGCCUCAACGGACAGCUGGCCGUCUCCACCAUCACUCGUGCUCCCACGGCAACCAAAGAGCACCGAGAUAGCGUACCUGGAGAACCUGCUGAAGGUGUACAACGACGAGAUCUACCGCCUGCAGCACGCCGAGCUGAAUUUAGACGACUUGGGAGCGGAGGACUCUUUAUACAUCCAAGAACACAAGCUGAAACGCAAGAUGAUAAAGAUUUACGAAAAGCUGUGUGAGCUAAAGAGCUGCAGCACCCUGACGGGCCGAGUCAUUGAGCAGAGGAUCCGCUACAAUAGCACUCGUUACCCUGAGAUCAACAAGAAG